UAUUUAUGUCCGCUACCGCUAUUCAUUCUAUUGAGUUACAUUUUCGUUUUACGAAAUACGAACUAUUUCGUAAAGAAUACGAUUUGUCAUCCAGUUCUAAGUUCUACAAUUUUUGCAUUUUUACAAUACAUAUUUGUGUAUUGUGCAAUAAAUUCAGUGAUCCAAAUACGUAGAAGCGAUUCAAACAGCUUUAUUUAGAUUUAAAAUUUUCGAUCAUUUGACAGUCUGGUGAGGUUUCUUCUGUGAGACUAGAUCGUAGUAUCUUGCGUUCGGUGUUACCUCUUUUACCCUAUUACACUAUUGCUCGAUAAGUUAAUUUAAGUGCCUGAUGGUGGAGAAAGUAUGUGCGGUUAGUGAAUCAUUAAGGAGGGUAACAGAAUGGGGGCUUUUUUAAACAAACCUGAGACUAAGAAAUACAAUGAGAGCGGGGAAGGUAACGGUCUGCGCUAUGGCGUGGCGUCAAUGCAGGGCUGGCGCGUGGAGAUGGAAGAUGCCCACCACGCUCAACUAACACUGAAUGGAACGUUGUCAGAUUGGUCGUAUUUCGCUGUUUUCGAUGGCCACGCGGGUGCCCGAGUGUCCGCGCAUUGUGCAGACAAUCUUUUAGAAUGUAUCUUACAAACGGAGGAGUUCAGACGGGAUGAUAUAGCUGAGGCUAUACGGGCCGGGUUUCUUGAUCUCGAUAAAAAAAUGAGAGAAUUACCGGAUCUGUCAAAUGGAGUAGAGAAGUCUGGGUCGACAGCAGUCUGCGCGUUUGUAUCGCCUAAACAGAUUUAUAUAGCAAACUGUGGAGAUUCCCGAGCUGUUUUAGCCCGUAACGGGGCACCCAUAUUUGCGACACGCGACCACAAACCUGAGUUACCAUCAGAAAAAUCGCGAAUUGUUCAAGCGGGAGGUACAGUAAUGAUACAGAGAGUCAAUGGGAGUCUAGCAGUGUCUCGUGCUUUGGGCGACUAUGAAUAUAAGAAGGUGUUGGAUCGUGGACCAUGCGAGCAGCUUGUCUCCCCUGAGCCUGAAGUAUCAUGUCAUGAACGACUAGAGUCUGAAGACGAGUUCUUGGUGCUGGCAUGUGAUGGAGUAUGGGAUGUGAUGAGUAAUGAAGCCCUCUGUGCAUAUGUACAUUCACUACUACAAUUAACAGAUGACCUUGUUGCUAUCACCAAUCAAGUAAUUGAUACCUGUCUCUAUAAGGGGAGCAAAGAUAACAUGAGCAUUGUGCUGGUUGUGUUUCCUGCUGCACCAAAGCCAGAUCCCGAAGCUCAGCGUGCUGACCGUGAACUUGAUGAAACACUUCGACAAAGGCUCACAGCGUUUAUUCAAGCCAACGCCGGUGCAGAUGAUGAAGACGCCUCCUCGCGUUUCUCGCGAGUUCUGAAACAGUUGGUGGAGGAAAACAUCCCAGGCCUACCCCCAGGAGGCGGCCUAGCUGCCAAGCAAGGAUUACUGGACAAAAUCUACAGGGAGUUCUACCCGGAGCACACUGACAGCUCGGAGACAUUCGACUGUCAGACUGAGAUCGCCGAGUCUCUGGGUUCAAACUAGGCACCAAAUUAGCAACCAUUUAUUUACAUAGCCCGAUCUAUAACAAUAUACAUUUGCUGGUCAAAUUCUAUAGUCUUUUCAAAUAUAAAUUUUAUACAAUUAAUUAUUUACACUAUAACUACUAUAUUAUAAAUGUUCUUAUCCUUUUAAUUAGUUAAAACCUAAAAAAUAAAUUUAUGUUUUGAGAUGUAGGUAUGUGGUUGCUCUUAGGGUCUAGUGUCUUCUUUACCCGCCAAGAUUAUAGUUUAUGGCAUUUGAAAUUUGUGUGUUAAUUAUUGGUUAACUAUGCCUAUGCCAUUUUAUGCGUUCCAAAUUUGAAUAUUGGCAACAUUUCUUACUGUACAUAGAGUUAGACUCCUUUUAUGAAUGCGGGAUUGCUUCUGGUAACCUCAGCUCACCGAUCGUUACUUUGGAAAUGCUAAUUGGUAAGUCGAUAGAAUUUGUUUUUGUAACUUUAACGAUCGCGCUGUCUAUGGUACGCUAAUAUGUAUGUUGUCUUAAUACUCUUAUCAAUUAUUAUCUAUGCCGUGGUCGGCCAUAGACAAUUUUGUGUGCGCUCUUAAUCACGACCCCUCCACGGCAAUAUAAGGAAGAAAUUACUUGACUAAUUUGUGCUGCACAAAGUUGAAAUCCCCCAAAAUAAUAUU